ACAGCCAAGACUAUAAACAUAUUCAAUCUUGAGAAGGCAGUGGGCAGAAACGAGUCAUUCAGUAUGGGUUCUCUUCAAGUGAUCAUUGCUUCAGCUCUCUUCUAUGUAUUACUACCACCUGGCGAAUGCAUCACAGGUGGCAAGGAAUCUACACCACACUCCCGUCCCUACAUGGCCUCACUGCAGCUGGAAGGCAAACACAAUUGUGGUGGAUUUCUGAUCUCCAGUCAGUGGGUUAUGAGUGCUGCACACUGUUUCCAGGAUGGCAUUAAAUAUAAGGUGGUGUUGGGUGCUCAUUCCCUAUCUCAGGCAGAGGACAAAAAGCAAACGUUUGAUAUGGCUGCUGUCUAUAACCAUCCUGAUUACAACAAAGAGAAUUACGAUAAUGAUAUUGCUUUGGUCAAGCUAAGUCAGCCAGUCACAGAGAGCGAUGCAGUGAAGCCUCUGAAGUUCCAGAGAGCAGGGGGGAGUGAUCCUGAUACAAAUGUUGCUGUGGAAACUGCUGGGUGGGGCUCACUGGACAACCUGGGUAGCCGGCCAGACAAACUGCAUGAGGUGACUGUUGCUGUUAUAAAGAGUUCGAUCUGUGGUCGCAGUAACUCCUAUGGGGAAUCCUUUACAACAAAUAUGCUCUGUGCUGGCAAACCACGCAAGGACACCUGCGAUGGUGAUUCUGGUGGUCCUCUGCUAUAUAAUGGCAUUGCUGUGGGAAUAACCUCAAAUGGAGGGAGGAAAUGUGGUUCCACCAGGAAGCCCGGACUCUACACCAUUAUAUCACAUUAUGAUGAUUGGAUCACCCGCACUAUUACCCAGUAACAUGACCCAGCAGUUUGACUCAUAAAAUGAGCCAUUUUAAAAAAUAAAUAUAUAAAUCAUAUUACUGCUUGUAGGCCUCAUUUUACUCUAACUUUGAAGCAGAUUAACUUUAAUUUCAUCUAUCCAGCCUAUCUACACUGUUUAUUGUAGUUUGUGGUCUUUUGCUUGUUGUGAUGUCACAGAGGCUAUGCACCACUCUAGUCUUUAAGGGUGUGACAGGUUACUUGCUUUAGCUCACCAGUAUACAGUAUUCACAUUGUUCUUUUUGAAAGUUAAACAGUUUUUUUUUUUUCACAACUAAUAUAUAAGUAUAAUGUGUUUAUUCAGACUUUAUACCAGAAUAGAAAGUGUUUUCACACAACAGCAGAUUCCACAUGUAAAUGUUUCUUGUAGCAUCAAUGCUAAACAUUUUGCUAGCUCUCUUUUGUCAUAAGGUUUAUCUUACAAAUGUGAAAUGAUCCCUCUGUAGGCAGAUAUCACAGAAAUAGCGGGAUGAAUUCUGAAGUGUAUACAGUUAUACUUUCUGCUCAGAGUCAGUCAAAUGCUGCAAAACUGAUGGGACGGCGCAGAUGGCAAAUGACACAAAACAUACAGUGAAAGCAACCCAAGACCUUCUUAAGGCAAAGAAAUUAAAUGUUCUUAAACAUCUGAUGAUCUCAACCCAAUUGAACAUGCUUUUCACUUACUGAAGACAAAACAGAUGGCAGAAAGACCCACAAACAAGCAGCAACUAAAAAUGGCUGUAAUAAAGACCUUACAAAGCCUCUCAAGGGAGGAAACUCAUCAUUUGGUGAUGUUGAUGGGUUCCAGACUUCAGGAAAUCAAAGUAUUUGCAUCCAAGUAUUAAAAAUAAUCCUGAUAUUUAUGAUUAUGUUAGUUUGUCCUAUUACUUUUGAGCCUGUGAAAAUUUUUUUUUUUUUUUUU